CGCAGUGAUCCGCACGAACGCAGCUUCCGAUCGCACAGUUUCCAGGCACGCAAAUGGUGGCGCAUCUGCCGCCUGCACAGCCCGCGAGUCGCAGCCAAGCCGCAGAGACGUCCAGGGAAUUAAGCAGCCAGCAAAACAUGGGGCUGACCGAAUAAGCGCGACCUGCAGCCGGCGCCCAUCUAGCUAUUUUAAUUAUUAUUUCUCUUCCUUGAGUGAGGAAGAAGGGCCUCAGCUUGGUCGGCACGAUGGCCUCCGCCGAGUCGUCCUCGGAAGUGGAGCGGCCGAAGCAUCACCCGUUUCUGAUAGGGGUGAGCGGAGGGACGGCCAGCGGGAAGUCCACUGUGUGCGCAAAGAUCAUGGAGCUGCUGGGACAGAACAAGGUGGACCAUCGGCAGAGGAAGGUCGCUAUCAUUAGCCAGGACAGCUUCUACAGGGUCCUGACCACUGAUCAGAAGUCCAAAGCACUUAAGGGCCAUUACAACUUUGACCACCCAGAUGCUUUUGACAAUGAGCUCAUGUACCAAACCCUGAAGGAUAUUGUGGAAGGGAAGGUUGUUGAGGUUCCAACGUAUGACUUUGUCACCCACUCCAGGCUGCAGGAGAGGAUCACAGUGUACCCAGCCGAUGUGGUUCUGUUCGAAGGCAUCCUGGUUUUCUACACGCAGGAGGUCCGGGACAUGUUCCACAUGAAACUCUUCGUGGACACGGACUCUGAUGUCCGUCUCUCGCGGAGAGUUCUGAGGGACAUGAAGAGAGGCCGCGACCUGGAGCAGAUCUUGACUCAGUACACUACUUUUGUCAAGCCUGCCUUUGAGGAAUUCUGUCUGCCGACCAAGAAAUAUGCUGAUGUCAUUAUACCGCGAGGUGUUGACAACAUGGUGGCCAUCAAUCUCAUUGUGCAGCACAUCCAAGACAUCCUCAGCGGGGACAUUUGUAAAUGGCAGCGGAGUUCAGUAGGUGUCCACGGCCGUAGCUUCAAGAGGGUUAUCUCUGACCAAGCAGACACCCUCGCAGGAAAAAGGAUUUCCAUGGAACCCAGUAGCCGGCCUCACUGAGGGGAGGAACUGGGCGAGAUCUGCCACCACCUAGAUACCGGGCCGUCGUCAGGAUGCUGAGUCACAUGCAAAGGUCGGCUGAAAAGAGUCAUUCCCAGCCAAACCCAUACAAGCUGUUUGGAAAUGGACCAUAAUAUUUAAGGAUUCAUAAUAAUUGAAAUGUACCAAGGCGUAAAUGAACACAAGUUCACAUGGUGGGUCAGAGAUAUUUACCAAUCAGAACACACCAGUCCAAAAACCCGAAUGCCCCGGCUGCUAGUGCAGUGUACAGAGAAUUUCCUAGAAUUUUGUCCGAUUACAGAAAUCAUUUCUUCUGAUGACCUGCUAGGUGUGGAUUUCUGACUCUGCAUUGACUCGGUAAGCUUAAUCCCACCCUGAGUUUUCCAUUUAUUUACGAUAUUCUUCAUGUUCCCCAUCUUAAUUGUAAUUAAAUACAGGAUGGUCAUUUGAAGUAUUAAGCAGUUAACUUCUCUUGGCUAUGUAUAAGGGAUGAUAUUUGUUCUUUGAUUUUCACCCAGGAAAAAACAUGAAAACAUGAAUAAUGGAUGUUUGUCCAGUGUUGCUAAUCAUUGCUCGUGUGCACUUGUGCUAGUACAGAAUGUUAGCUAACUAAUGUAGAACGAUAAUAGCAGAGUCAUUGUUUUUUUAAGUUUUUUGUGUGUUAAAAUAAGGAAAUAACAAAAGACUUCCAUGGGUGACUGUAUGCCAGUUAAUUCUGUAUAUUCAGUUUUCAAAUUAAAUAUGUAAUAAUAUAAA